GAACACGCUGGUGCAUACGAAGAGUGGAUAUCCAACGGCAGAGAUCAUCGAUGGAGCGUAGGGAUAUUUAGCGAUUUACCUGGGAAACACGCAGAUUCAGGUUCGCACGUAUGAUAUUCGUCCAUUGUCUGAUACUCUCUUCGGUGGAACGUGAGCUGAUUGCUCCUACUAAAAGUAUUCCAUGUCUUUUUCCUGCCCGUCAUUGAUGGGAAAUCAACUGGAUCGGAUCACCCACCUGAAUUACAGCGAGCUACCCACGGGGGAUCCAUCGGGGAUAGAGAAGGACGAAUUGAGGGUCGGAGUGGCAUAUUUCUUCUCUGAUGAAGAAGAAGACCUGGACGACAGAUCGCAGUCGGACAAUUACAAAGACCAGAGUCCGAGUAAGGAGGGUCACGUAGUUCUGAACGAGAUCGAGUACUCCGCUUUCUGUUGCCAGGAAUGUAUUUUCUCCAAAUUAAGAGAAAACGAAGAUCUGAAUAUUUAUUCGGUGAAAACUUUGCUCACCAUGAGCAAGCCCGGGGACCUACUGGAACUUGUCGCCAACGACCAGCCGCCGCAUUGGGCGAUUUAUGACAGGAACGACCAAGUCAUACACUUGCACAAAGGCGAAAUUCGCAAGGACAGCCUUUUUGAGAUAAGCAACGGGCGCCUGGGCAGGAUAGCGAACAACCGCUACAGAUACAGAGCGCUUCCAGCUGAUCUGGUGGUGCAGAACGCCAGCGGUCAUUUAGGACUGAGUAGCGGGGAGAUUUGCUGGACAAACUCAGAAAGUUUUGCUGCUUGGUGCAGGUUUGGCAAGCGGGAGUUUAAAGCCGGUGGUGAGGUACACACCGCGGAACAACAAUAUUUCCUGAAGGUUCACCUCUCCGAAAACAACGUGCAUACAUUGGUGUUUCAGAGCCUGGAUGAUUUAAUAAGGGAGAGACGCAAGGUGGACGCCAGCGGAAUUCUGAAGGAGCUAUCUUUAGUUAACGGAAAGGAGUAAGAGUAUUCUGUUAAUUCCCCUUUAAAUAUGAACCUGUUGGGACUUGCAUGCCUUCGACAAGGGCUGCUCCCUAAUUUGCAUAGGGUGUGAUUCUGUUCCAGAAAAAAAAAGAACAAAAAAUAAAAAUAAAACGAAACGUUCCUUGUUUGAAUGGGUAGCUACCGGAGUUCUUCCCGAUGCCCUAAAAUUCACCUUGUACCUUUAAACACAUAGCACACAUCUAGCUACUUAGAAAGAAUAUUGACAUUUUCAGCUCUGCAUACCUGCCGUGCCGUUGCUGAUGGUGCCUAUUUCACACUGCCCGUGGUUGUCAGCGAGCAUUGUCGGUUUAUUUUUUUACUCGUAGCUUUAUUAUAGCAGGACAUUGGAUCAAAACGUAAUUUCCGGAUCAUUGAUGGUUACGACUCCAAAAACGGGCAGUAUCUGUUUACGCAAUCUGUAAACACUGAAUUGAUCAUUGCAAUCGUAGGUCUUAUCAUUUUUAUAUCAUUUCUGAUUUUAUUUUUUAUUUUUUUACGUUUUGCUCUGGUGUCAAAAGACCUGUCCAUUUGCUAUGUUCUGGAUGCCAUAUUUUUGUAUUUGAGUAAGUAGUAUAUCCCUUGUUUCAUUUGAAAUAAACGUAGUCUACGAUAUUAAACGGU